AUGCUUAGGUUAAAGGUUGUUACAAAGCGACCUAAUCCCUAUAUUGUUAGGCUUUAUUCUACUAUAAAUAAGUCUAAAGAUCUAAAUCAUUCAUAUGCCGAUACACUUUCUCUUCCUAAAACUGAAUUCCCCAACCGAUCAGGAAAACCUGAUGUAAUCGCCAAAUUGAUCAAACGUUCAAGUGACGAAAUUUAUGAUUGGCAGAUUAAUUCAAAUACCUUUCAAAAAACUUCAGUUUUCCAUGACGGCCCUCCAUAUGCAAACGCCAGUUUGCAUUUGGGGCAUGCUAUGAAUAAAAUUUUAAAAGAUAUCAUUAACAGAUAUGAUCUUUUGCAAGGAAAAAAGGUUUUUUACAAACCUGGCUGGGAUUGCCAUGGUCUUCCUAUUGAACUAAAAGCUUUGCAAACACUUUCUGCUGAAGCCAAAAAAGAUGUGGCAACUGUUCUUUCUCCUUCUGAAAUCCGUACGAUUGCGAGAUCACAUGCACUUGAAGCCAUUGAAGACCAAAUGAAAUCGUUUAGAAUGUUUGGUGUUAUGGGUGAUUGGGUCCAUAGAUACCGGACAUUGGAUACCGAUUAUGAAAUACGACAGCUGAAUGUAUUUAAGGAAAUGAUGCACCGAGGCUUCAUCUCUAGAAAAAAUAAACCGGUUUAUUGGGGGACAGAAACAAGAACUGCUUUAGCAGAAGCUGAGUUGGAAUACAAUGAAAAACAUAAAAGUACUGCUGCUACAGUCAAAUUUCCUAUUGUAUCUCUGGGCGAAAAUUUAAAAAAAAUCAUUGGGGAAAAGAUACCGUCAAAUCAAAAACUUAAUGUUUUAAUUUGGACAACAACUCCUUGGACCUUGAUCUCAAAUAAGGCAGUUGCAGUUAAUGCUGAAAUGGAGUAUGUCGUUGUAUCUCAUGAGAAUCAUGGUCUUUUUAUUGUUGCUGAAUCACGUCGUGAAUCCUUAGGAGAAGAUUUUAAAAAAAUAGACAACUUAUCGUUUACUGGGGCUGAUUUGUUAUCAUCAACAUAUAAAAGCCCCUUGAGCAGUGACUCAGAGGAAAGACCUUUUUUGGCAGCUUCAUAUGUCACAUCCACAAUUGGAACUGGUUUGGUUCAUACUGCUCCCGGCCAUGGGUUUGAUGAUUAUUUGCUAUGUCGAAAGCAUAAUAUUGAUACCUACUCACCUGUUGACGAUGAGGGGAACUAUACAAACUUACCCAAUGAUCUCAAGCAUCUUGAAGGUCUUUAUGUACUUAAUCAAGGACAAAAGGAAGUUAUUAAAAUUUUAGAAGAAAAGGGCUCCAUAAUUUCUUUGAACCGCAACUAUCGACAUAAGUAUCCUUACGACUGGCGAUCUAAAAAGCCUAUUAUUAUUCGUUCCACUCCUCAAUGGUUUGCUGAUAUUGAUUCUAUUAAGGAUGAUGCUGUUAAAUCUCUUCAAGACGUAAUUUUUUAUCCUUCAACUGGUAAAACUCGCCUUGAAGCAUUUACCCAAUCCCGGUCUGAAUGGUGUAUUUCUCGACAAAGAGUUUGGGGUGUUCCUAUUCCGGCCAUUUAUAAUAAACAAACUUUAGAGCCUUUAACCGAUAUUUCUUCUAUGGAUUAUGUUAUUUCUCAAAUUGAACAACUGGGGACAGAUGCAUGGUUUGAAGAAGAAGAAGACAUUCAAAGAUGGCUACCAAAUACCCCGGAGUUUGAAUCAAAGGGAAAAGAUUAUAUUAAAGGAAAAGAUACCAUGGAUGUUUGGUUUGACAGUGGCACAAGCUGGACUAUGCUUGAUCCUUCACAUGGUGAAUAUCUUGCCGAUUAUUAUCUUGAAGGGACUGAUCAGCAUCGCGGAUGGUUUCAAUCAUCUUUAUUGACAAAAAUUGCAGUUUCCGAAAAGGGAAACGCCAAAGCGCCUUUUAAGCAUAUAAUCACUCAUGGAUUCACACUUGACGAAAAGGGACAAAAGAUGUCUAAAUCGCUUGGAAAUACUAUUGCUCCAGAGAAGAUUAUUAAUGGUCAAAAGGGUAAAUGGCCACCUUUGGGCGUUGAUGGUUUGCGGCUCUGGGUUGCUUCAUCUGAUUAUACAAAGGAUGUCUCUGUUGGUCCCAUUGUACUUAAAAAUGUUGCAGAAUCUUUGAAAAAACUGCGCAUAACAAUUCGGUUUCUCUUGGGAAGUUUACAUGAUUAUACCAACGAACUUUCAUUUGACAAAGAAAAUUUCCAUCCUAUUGAUUUAAUUGCUCUUCACCAACUUAAAAAAAUGGCAGAACAGGUUAAAGAGCAAUACGAUAUUUUUUGUUUUAAUCGGGUGGUUCAAAUAAUCAACCAUCAUACAAAUACCUAUUUGUCUGCAUUUUAUUUUGAUAUUAUCAAAGAUCGACUUUAUGCUUCUCCUCAUAACAGCACUGAGAGAAGAGCUGUUCAAUUUGUAUUGUCAGAAAUCUUACGAGUAUAUCUCUCUAUUCUUUCUCCCAUUACUCCUCUUCUUACCCAAGAAGCAAUUGAUUACACUCCUCAAAUGGUAAACAAAGGACAAACAAGUCCUUUUAAACUCGGGUGGGUCAAUUUACCAGAAGAAUACCAUGAUCCUCUUUUUGAAGAAGAAAUUCCUUUGAUUGAAAAGGUUUUGUCAGUUGUAAAACAAGCAAUGGAAGCAGGUCGCGUUGCAAAGGAUAUCACUAGUUCUUUAAGUUGCGAUAUCAAUCUUUAUGUCGAUGGCUCUGGAAAAGUUUCUAACAUUAUUGAAAAAUACCGCCAAUAUUUACCCGAAUUGUUCAUUUGCUCUCAAGUCGAAGUAAAUCCUGUUGCAUCUAUUUCUGAAGGGUGGAAAUAUUCUGCCUCCAAUCAAAUUGAUGGAGUAAAGGUUAUUGCAGAGGCGGUACCUACUAAGCAUCAUAAAUGCCCACGCUGCUGGCAAUUUACUUCUUUAGAAGAAGAUUCGCUCUGUAAAAGAUGUGACGAAACGCUUUCUCAAGCCUAA